UUUUCAUCUCGCUUAACCAUGGUAUGGAGUAAAGGGAGGUAAAAGUAAGUAAGGAAAUGCCUUUAUCCUCAAGCUGAGAAUUACGAGCUUAUCUACCAAGGUAGGUACGACUAAAUCCUGGAAGGGAUAUAAGUACCGAUGAUUACAAAGUUCUUCUCGGAUACGUGAAGUGGUAGAUAGUGACGCUGCCCACCAAGUAAGCUGCCGAAAGGUCCGUCCAUGCACGCCAAAGACCAGUAGAAAAGACUUCUAUGCACAGGUAACUAGGUAGUAUUUGUUGCUUUAAACAGCAACUUUGGGCGAGGGGUGGUUGCACGAGCCUCGUGGUACGUGAUAUAACAUUAGCAAAUUCCGAAGAAUAUUCCAUAGGUCCGUUUAGACAUACCACGAUAUUAAAAUAGCAAAAUAUCAGCGGAAGGGAAAAAUUCUUUUUUUCUUUUCUCACCCAAACAAUUAGGUAAUCUUACUGGAUUGUCUUCCUGUCUCUACCAUGUAUACUACAUCGCAAAGCCUUAUUUUCUUACCGUUAUCAAUGUGAUGCCCCCAGUUGUUGAUUCGCGUGGAAAGAAAAUAGCCAUCCAACAACCUAUUUCAUUAGAUAUUUCAUUAGAUCUCACGCGUGCGGAUUAGCAUACUCUCUAGCACGAACAUACUUGCGCUAUUUCACAAUUGUAUAUUCAGAUAGACAUCCAUUCGAUGGAGUAUGAACCGUAUGCCAAGCCCAACAUUGUGUCACUAGAUGCAUUUCUUGGGCUCUACUGGACCGGAUUCGCUCUUUGUACCGUCGCCUUCGUCGGGCGAGCGUAUAUCCGUAUAUCCUGCCAUCGCAAACUGCUGCUGGACGACUGGCUUAUGAUAAUAUCUCUACUAUUACUCCUCAGUACCACUAUAUUGGCCCAGAUAUCUCUUCAUUAUGUCUAUACCGAAAAGGCUGUGCUUGGGGGCAAGGAAGCGCCUGGGCCAGAUAUCACUUCUAUUAUAGAAAAGGUCCAACGCACCUUCGGGAUCUUCUUCAUACUUUGCUACAUUGGCAUCUUUCUGAUCAAGCUCGGCUUUCUCGUCUUCUUCUAUCGCCUUGGAAAUAACGUGCUCAAGUUCGGGAUACUGUGGUGGAUAUUCCUCGUGCUAACGCUUGCUUGUUUCGCCGUGAUAAUGGGCACCGGGGAAUUCGACUGUCUUUUCGGCUCGUUUGAAUACAUCCUGCAGGUCUGCUCCGAAGCUUCGAACCAGUCGAAAUCCAAGGCCAUAUUCAAGGCUUCGGUGGCUCUCGAUGUCAUAACAGACGGCAUGAUCAUAUUCUUCCCGGCCUUUGUGCUUUGGGGAACCAAGAUAUCUCUGCGAAAGAAGCUGCUGCUUUCUACUAUCUUCUGCCUUGUACUUCUCACCAUUGCCGUCACCAUAGUGAGAACCAGCGCCUAUGGCGGCGCGGGCGAGACUGUUACGGAUGUCAUAUGGGUGUGGUUCUGGAUUGUUACUGAAUGGGUAGUCUCAUUUCUCGUCGCGUGUCUCGUAUCGUUCCGCUCCCUAUUUGUCCAGAGAGAACGAAUCGCCGGGUACGAAAGGGAAAGGGCACAGCAUAGAGCUCGGCCAGCGGGACUUCAAGCGAGGGUGAAACACUUCCAAGACAGCAUUCUAGAGACGUUCAAAACGUUAGACGACUGGGAUUCUCACGAGAUGCGCUCACUGCCGGUCCCGGAGUCUGUAGCGUCCAACGCCGAUUUGUUUGGCGAGGGGACGUGGACAGGUACUACCAAGUCGGCGGACGACCGCGCGGAAUCUGUCCGAACGGUCCACCAUAAUCAACAUAUAUCACAUACAUAGCCUUGAAGCUAUUUGAGUGGAUGCGUGUAGUAUGUUACAUUAUUGCAGCCCGAUCAGGAGCGCCUUGUAAGAUACUUUAAAAGUUUGAGUACAUAAUUAGAAAUCAUUUUGUUCUACAAUGGAAGGGGUCACUUUGACCUCUCAUUCUCCGCGAUGUCAGGGGGUAUAGUCACGCAUUUCGAUUUACUUUUCCAUGGCAACAUUACCUGGAGCGAAACCAACCCAGCUAAGGCGUCUGUAUAGACAAUUGUAGACACCACCGGGGUAAAGAUUGGGUCACUACAUACUCCAAAUGCGAAUUUGGAUAGCCAUUUAACGACUCGAUUAUACCUAUUAGGUUAGGUAUAUUACCUCUUAUUACGCCGUUGGAUUCAGCACACCGUUAUUAUGUUCAACAAUCGACUGUUCAAGCUAAU